UCGGUGGGCAAAAAGGUUGGGAAACUCCAUUUUGAGUUUAAAACCGCCUGGCCUCUGAGAAAGCUGGCAAAACAACUGGAAAGUUUGCGCAGGCUGAGACACGAGGCUCUGCCUGUGCCAAGGAUGAUGCCCACGGCCGGGCUGGGGUGGCAGAGGGGGUGCGGGAGAGCCUGGACCCCCUGGCCAAGAGCCGCCCUGGGAAGGGCAAAGUGCCAAGGGGGAAUGGCGCAGGGCUGGCCAACGCAUCGGGGAAAAAUGCAGAGAUGUGGCUGUCAGUAAGUGCUUCCAUCUGCACCCUGGCUGGUGCCGUGGCCGGCGCUGCUGCGGAGCUGCUGAGAGCGAUGGAGGAUGCUCGUCCCUGCCUGGGGAAGGGGCUGCUGGGGGUGGGUGCUUGGGACAGCCGGGCACAGAGCACGUGGGGACACCAGGACAUGUUGGGGAUGCAGCCUGUGGGGAGCACCACCCUUUCGGGGUUGCUCCCGGGCUGGGUGGCAUCCCUGGGCUGUGCUCGGGGCACCCACAAAGUCCAGCCGGUCGUGGUCAUCUUUAAUAAAUGUAAUUUUCCCCAGAACGCACUGUGUGUCACGUUUAGGGGGUGGGAUUGCGCUUUAGAGGGAGAGGCAGGGAAGUUUUUCCCAGCAGCUUUUAAUGGUGAGGAUUCGGUGCGGUGCGGCGGCGUGUCUGGACGUGCACUGGCACCGCAGGAGCCGGUCCCGGGAGGUGACGUGGGCCGGGCUUGGCACGGGGAUUUCUGCCCCCACCACCGCCGGGAUAGGAGCACAGCAGGGUGCUGGCAUGGCACGGACAUGGUGCUGGCACCGUGCAGACACGGUGGCACCUGGGGACCCGAGAUGGCCAGGAGCCCAUCCAUGGAUGCCAGCAAGAAGGUGGAUCUGAAGAUAAUUAUCAUAGGAGCUCUGGGCGUGGGCAAAACCUCCCUCCUGCACCAGUACGUGCACAAGACGUUUUACGAAGAUUACCGCACCACGCUGGGCGCCAGCAUCCUGACCAAAGUCGUGGCAGUGGACAACACCCCCCUGAAACUGCAGAUCUGGGACACGGGGGGACAGGAGCGAUUCCGGUCCAUGGUGUCGACCUUUUACAAAGGCUCAGAUGGCUGCAUGCUGGCCUUCGACGUGACGGACAGGGAGUCCUUUGAGUCCCUGGACAACUGGAGAGAUGACUUUCUGGAGAAGGUCAUUCCAAGGGAGCAAGAUUUCCCCAUGGUCGUGCUGGGGAACAAAAUAGACAUCUGCGAUCGCCAGGUCCCCAAGGAGAUUGCCUCAGCCUGGUGCAAGGAGAAAGACAUCCCUUAUUUUGAAGUCAGCGCCAAGAACAACAUCAACGUCGCAGAGGCUUUCGAGACCCUCGCAAAGCAGGCGUUAACCACGUAUAAAGGGAUUUUUGAGAGUUAUUUAACCGACUCCAUCAAACUCACUCCCAACGACAAGCCCAAGAAGAGCUGCUGCUGACCCCGGGCAUGCUGCCGCGCUCCGGGCUGUCCUGCGCAAGCACGGCCCAGGCUUGUUGGACCCCAUGAUGCCCAAGGCUGGAGCCCUGCCCGGGGGGUCUGAGCCCCCCACCCACCCCAGCCCACCCGCAGAGGCUGGCCAGGCCAGGCCACAGGACAGUUGCCACUUGGCGGGCCGGGACCAGCCGGCUGCGCAUCCCAGGACUUGCUGCUUCCCACCUCUCCGGAGCUGCUGUCCCAAACCAGCAGCUUCCCAAAUCGCUGCUGGGUCACGGUGGCCCCGUCCCCCCUCGAUCCGCUGCCAUCUGGCACCCGAGCGGGGGAUCCCCCUGCGGUGACAGUGCCAGGGAGCCGGGCAGAGCUCCUGAUGCCUUUUUGGAGACCAUGACCUUGGUCCCAUGGGUGACACUUCCCAGCACGUGGACUGGUGGCCCCGCGGCACUCAUGGGGCGUCGGGACUGUCCUGGGGGGAGGAGUGGGGCUGGUGGCCACGGCUCAGGUCUGAGAGCAGCCGGGUCCCCUCCUGGGGCCAGCCGCUGUGGAUAUAACCAUGCUGUGCCUCAGUUUCCCCUGCUCUCAUACACAUCUCCUGUCAAACACCUUCCAACUCCUGCCUCACCGAUGAGGAUCCUCAGUCAAGCACUUUGUCAGGUAUUUGGUUUUUUUUUUAAAAAAAGGAAAUGAAAUA